AUGCUCAAUCAAGGUUAUCACAUUUUAGCUGAGCUAACGCUCCUAAAACUAAAAAAUCUCUCUGGGGUUAUUGUUAGACCAUGUGAAAAUGAUCCACUUAAAUGGCUCGGGAUUAUUUCUGUUCGAAGUGGUUACUAUUUUGGAGGAGUUUUCGAUUUUGUCUUAUCUCUACCUGAUGAUUUUCCAUCGACAAAACUGCCGAAGCUCUAUUUAUCUAAAGAAUUUUAUCAUCCUCAUGUAGACUGGAUUACUGGAGAGGUGAGCGUGUACACGGAAUUUCCGAUAUGGAAUCCAGAAAAACACCAUAUUUGGCACAUUCUUCAUUAUUUUAAACGGUUGUUAACUAGUCCAACAAGUAUUAUGGUUUCAGCACUUGCAGAACAAACUGCUUGUAUCAAAAACAUGAGAGAUAUGAAAUAUGCUAAUCCAGAAGCAGCUAACGCACUGAUUCACCAUCCAGAAGAAUUUGAUACUCGGGCUAAAGGAUGUGUCACUAAACUCUCUGUAUGGACGCAGCCAUCACAGGUUAUCCCUUCGUUAAAUCUUUCUGGAUGGAUGAGUGACAGUAUACUGAAUGAUGCACGAGAUUUACUGCAGGUAAUUGUCAAGAUAUUUAUUGAAAAAACUUUCAUUGUCAUUGCUACGAAAAAUGUAAUAUUUCUUUCAACAUAUAAAUUCAGAUCAGUUCCAUACGGAGCUGGUGUUCAUCCUGGCAUUGAAUUGACUAGUAUAUUAUCGGAAAUCUUUGACUAUCAAGAAUGGAAAUUAUAAAGUUCGAUGUAGAUUUCACGAGCUACUGGAAUUUCACAAAGAACUUUAAAGGAUGAGUUGAUAAUGAAUGCAUCGGAUACGAAGCUAGGGUGAACUGUUAGUUCGGCAUUGUGAGGAUGAAGCAAAAGUCGAUAUUCUUUUUUAUAUUCUUUUAUAAUUACGCAGGGAACACUUGAAGGAAAGAAUACUGUAUCCUGUACACUUACCGUUUAGUUGUUGAAGUUUCGUAAUAUGUGGAGCAACUGUCCAGAUAAUUCGAGAGAAUUGUUACUCAUUGAGAUGUGAGUGAUAAGGUGAUGAACACUUUUGGUUGACUGCAGGCCACCGACAGAAGCCUUAGAAGUGUAACCAUGUGAAUUUCUACUGGUGUCCAACAGUCCAAUAUAUACCAAAAGUCUUCACCAAUUGCUGAAAGAUUCUUUUGGUGAAUGAUAGCACUACUCACACGAUUUUUUUUUUCAUUAUAAGUAAGCAUCCACAAUUUGUGGUUAGGUAAUCGCAUUUAUCGGGCUGAUGAACAUAAAUAUAUAAGGUGGAUUUAAUAAAUGAACUAUAAAUCUUAAGAGGGUACGUUCAAAUAACUUCAACAGUCACAAGAGACUGAUACUUCGGAACCGUUUGUUUGAAUCGAUUAGGGGAACGUUUAUUGUAAUGUCACACUAAUGUUUACAUAUCGCAAACUAAUUCUCUGUAUGUGUUCAUAAUAAGUUUCCUUAUUUGACCGCUUGUGGUCGUUUAUGAAGUGCAAUGUCCAUAUCUAGUAUUUUUUAUCUAAUUCACUUAAUGGUUCAAAGGUUAUUUUUAAAGUCUACACCGAUAUCUCUAGAUAUUUCCGCUCCUAAAUACUGGAAGCUGUCAAUUGGAAAAUACAGACAUGACUACUGGCUAGAGGAGUAGUUUAUUACGCUGUAAAAUAACACAAAAACAUGACAAAAUGUCAUAGGCUAUCGGAGGAAAUCAGUUUUUAGGUCACUAACUAUCCAAUAACUUAAGACCUGACUGUUGGGCUUAAUUUCAGACCAUCAUAUCGGAAUGGUCUGGUGAUUAUUUGCAUACGAACUUCAAUAUUAUUUAAAACGACUAUAAAACUUCCAAAUCAAACUUUAUAGUUUAGAGAGGAUAACAUGAACGACACAUGGAUUUCUUUUGUUAAUGCUUCAACUGUCCCUAAGAUAUUGGACAGUAUAGGAAUGUUAAACAGUGUUUGAUUGUAUUCAGUUGGUUUUAUGUGUAUCACAGUAAUUAACAGGUUGAUGUUUUAACCGAUAAGUACUGAGUUUGAAUUUCAUUGAAAAGGAAUUAAUGUAAUUGUACAUUCAUCAGAUGAAUCUCAUUAUAUCCGGCACCAAGUGAUGUUAAAGUGGGUUUUUUUUACUAUUAUCUUCAUUAUAUUUUGACCGAAGGAAGUUUGGGACUAAAUUGUUGAAAUCAUACGUAAGAUUGGUGUAAACGACGACUAAUGUGUAACUUAAAUUUGACGAUUGGGUUGGAUAAUUUAACAAAAAGACUAAAAUUAUCAGAACUGUGUAAUACACAAGAGCAAUACAUUUCGAACAAUCUGAU